CAGUAUCUUCCGGCCAACCCUACGUAGCGGUGUGUCAGGAAGGGAGGUGAUGCUAAGAUAUUUAGAAUUCUCAUACGACAAGAAAGACAAAUCAAGAUGAGGAGGUGGCUUUCAGAUGAUAAGCGGGGAAAGGAGCCGGAAGUUUUUGAGACUGUUAGCGAUGGUCUAAAGAAAUUAUAUCGACAAAAGUUGCUUCCACUUGAAGAACAUUACAAAUUCCAUGAUUUUCACUCCCCAUGUCUCGAUGACCCUGACUUCGAUGCCAAACCUUUGGUGCUGCUUAUCGGCCAGUACUCCACAGGUAAAACCACGUUCAUCCGGUACCUCCUUGAACAGGACUUCCCCGGUAUCCGAAUCGGUCCUGAGCCAACCACAGAUCGCUUUAUUUGCGUUAUGCACGGCAGUCAGGAUGGAAUAAUUCCAGGAAAUGCCCUUGUUGUUGAUCCAAAGAAGCAGUUCCGACCCCUAUCAAAGUUUGGGAACGCUUUCCUUAACAGAUUCCAGUGUUCAACUUUGAAUAAUCCAGUUGUGAACAGCAUUUCAAUAAUUGAUUCCCCUGGUAUACUGUCGGGAGAGAAACACAGAGUGGAUAGAGGGUAUGACUUUGCUGGGGUUUUGGAAUGGUUUGCAGAGCGAGUUGACAGGAUCAUUUUAUUGUUUGAUGCACACAAACUUGACAUUUCUGACGAAUUUAGACGUGCUAUUGAUGCAAUCAAAGGAUAUGACGAUAAAAUACGCAUUGUCCUCAACAAAGCUGAUAUGAUCGACCAUCAGCAGCUAAUGAGAGUGUAUGGUGCGCUUAUGUGGUCCCUGGGUAAAGUCCUUGGCACCCCAGAAGUAGCUCGAGUGUACAUUGGGUCUUUCUGGGAUCAGCCUCUUCAUUUUGACAUGAAUCGUAAAUUGUUUGAGUUGGAAGAACAAGACCUUUUCAAUGACAUCCAGAGCCUGCCAAGAUAUGCCGCCUUAAGAAAAUUGAACGAUCUCAUCAAGAGAGCCAGAUUAGCAAAGGUCCAUGCUUACAUCAUCAGCCACCUGAAGAAAGAAAUGCCUUCUAUGUUUGGGAAGGACGCCAAGAAGAAGGACCUGAUCAAGGCUCUGGGUGAGACCUACACUGCUCUUCAGAGGGAACACAAUAUCUCCCCGGGAGACUUCCCAAGUCUGACCAGGAUGCAGGAGCAGCUUCAACAUCACGAUUUCACCAAGUUUCACAUCCUUAAACCCAAACUUAUCGAGACGGUCGAUCAAAUGCUUGCCCAGGACAUCGCGCGCCUCAUGCAGAUGAUCCCGUUGGAGGAGGCAAUCAGUGCCAAGGAAGGUCAAGGGGUCAAGGGCGGUGCCUUUGAAACAAUGAGUGAGAGCGUGUUCGGCUACGGACGGGGAGAGGGUAUCGAUGAAGGGCGUGGGGAUCAUGAAUGGGUGGUCAACCAAGAGAAAUACAAGUAUGAUGAGAUGUUUGAUAAGCUCAAUCCUGUGGAUGGUAAAAUCACUGGUGCAUCAGCAAAGUCCGAAUUAGUGAAAUCCAAGUUGCCAAAUUCAGUGUUGGGUAAGAUCUGGAAGUUGUCGGACAUUGACAAGGAUGGUAUGUUAGACAUGGAUGAAUGGGCGCUAGCUAACCACUUAGUGAAGGUCAAAUUAGAUGGAAAUGAUUUGCCUGCAGAACUUCCAAAACAUUUAGUGCCACCAUCCAAACAAAACCUUCUGUAAAAUGAACUUUAAAACUUUCAGAACAGCAAUUGGCAUCGUCAAGCAUGCUGUUCCGGAUCUCAUGGUUUUCAUCCUAAAAUAAUCCAAUUGCAUAAAAAUGGGGUGAAUCCUUACAGAAGAAUAAAAAAGAUGUGUGAGUUCAAGGGAGAGAACUUAUAGGUAUAGAAGGUCCAUCAGAAGUAGAACUAGUUAGGUUGGUACCACAUGUAGAGUCUGACUAUAUGUUGUAUGAUAGUCAGUGUGUAAUACAUCUGUAUAUAAACAUCUACAUAAGCUUCUUUGUACCUGUACAACAACAAAAUAUAAUUUCCUGUGAAAUUAGAUUUUCAGAAAAUUGAACUUUAGAUCAAUUUGACUACAUUUCUAGCCAGAAAAAUUAAGUGUCCAUUACACAUCAGUAAUCAGUGAUGUCAUUCUAAUAGGCUGUAGGUUUGAAGAGGAAUAUUCCUGAAAUGAUGCUUCUAAACUUUAUGUAAAGAACAUGUUAAAAACCAUCUACAAAAUUUCAAUUGAUUGAUGUAUUUCAUAAACCAUUUUAAAAAUAUUUCAAAUGUUUUAAUUAUUCAAUAAAUUUUGAUAUUUGAUUACAGUGUUUUACAUACACAUGUAUGUAAAUGUUUGAGAUUUGUGGAGAGUUACAGUUAUUUUUUAAGUUCAGUACAAAGUUUAUUUUUAAUGAAAUUUUUGUAUGAAUAGUAUUGUGAAAAUGAACUAUAAUGCUGUUUUUAGGAAAGCUACAGAUCACCAUUUGCUGUGAUAUUUAUGUCUGUACACAAAAGGUUUCCAUUGUUUUGUCGGGGGGGGGGGGGGUCACAGUAUGACUGUCUAUCACAUAUUCAGUUCAGCUCCAAGAAAACAUAUUUUCCAUGGAAAGAUUUUUUUUAAGAAAUUGAGAAAUGCAGGAAGAUACCAUUGAUGCCUAUUUUGCUCGGAUAUUGUAUAAUUUAUAUAUCACCUGUAUCACCUGUGUAUCUGUUUCAGUAAUUGUAAUCACCAAAUACCCCUAUAUCUGUAAUAUGUACUUAUAUAGAUACAUGUUAUACAUGUACAGCAUGACAGCAUCAAUCUCAAGUUGUUGAUUAAUUUUACAAUGGUAUAUAUGUAAAGUAUAAAUGUAAAUUAAUUUAUAGUAUUGCUAAUAAUCAACUGUAAUUUCUUUAUUAGAUUGCUGAAUAACUUAAUGCCAAAUGCAAUCAGAUUUUGAUCUUGAAGGCCAAACUCACACUUUAAAUAACCAAACUACAAUCUGCCUUGGGUAGCACAGUAAAUGUACACAAGGAUUUGGCACAGACAUUGCUUAUCACAGUCCAACAUGUCAAUGUGAACUCUGUGGUGCAAGGUUUGGUAAAAAGAUCAAUUUGAACACCAUGACAUUAGACUUGGUGCGGGUUGAUGUAGUUACAUGUACAUACAAUGAAACUUCAAAAGGGACUCUGCGAUGUGAGUAUAUUAAA